ACGCUCCUUGGAAUCCGCAGCGAUGACCAGGGCCGCACCGAAACCAUAGCUCCCGGUCAGGAGGAGCACCUCCCCGCCCUCUGUGCAAAGGUGCAUGCCAGAGUCGCGGCAUUCCUGUCUGCUCAAGCAUCAACCGACCGCCUGCGAAACGUGCAGGAGCAGACGCGCUUGAGUCUCAAGAUCCUCGAAGAGGCACUCGAGCGAUACAGCAUUCAANGUCUCGCCGAACUGUCUCUGUCGUACAAUGGCGGCAAGGACUGUCUAGUCCUCCUCAUCCUCUACCUCGCUGCUUUGCAUGCACAUUCAGUCAAGACUUCGACGCCGCUACCGGACAACUUGGAGUCUGUCUACAUCGUGUCGCCCCAUCCAUUCCCCGAAGUCGAGGACUUUGUACAGCUCUCCAUCGAUACAUAUAAUCUGGACUUGGCCCGAUAUGCCAAAUCCAUGCGACAGGCCUUCGAGGAAUAUCUCCAUGACAAGAGUCACGUCAAAGCAAUCUUUGUGGGCACGCGGCGAACGGAUCCUCAUGGAGCUACCCUGAAGUACUUUGAUCCUACGGACAGAGGGUGGCCAGCUUUUAUGAGGAUACACCCGGUGAUCGAUUGGCACUAUGCCGAAGUGUGGACUUUUAUACGACAUCUAAACAUACCCUAUUGCUCGCUCUACGACAAGGGCUAUACAUCUCUCGGAGGAACCACAGAUACACAUCCCAAUCCCGUACUGAAAGCCAACGCCGAGAAUGAUUCAUACCGACCUGCUUACGAGCUGGUGCAAGACGAAGAGGAGAGGUUAGGCAGAGAUCGA